UACACUCAGCAAAGAAAGCCAAUCAAAUGUUCCUCAGCUUCAUAUAAUCUGGUUCAGAGACAGGAGAAAGUGCCUGGGAUGCACCAGUGGUGACCACCAGUAUGGACAUGGACCUCGAUCAGCAUAUUUAUGUCAAUGGCAUCUCCUUGAAGCGUUCCAUCAUAGCAGCCCAGACACUGAAGAACCCAGGAGCUCGACUCUCAGGAUCUGAGUCUGCAGGGAGACGAGACCACAGACCGGCUGCAGUGUGUCUGGGGCUGCUGUGUUUCCUGCUGCUGUCAGCCCUCACAGCGCUGGCUGUUUACCAUAUAGGAGCUAUUAACGAUGCUGAGAAGAAGCAGCAAGUUCUGGCAGCAGAAAGGGACCAGAUACUGUCUAACCAUAGUGUGCUCAGUGCGGAGAGAGACCAGCUGGAGGAUGCUUACACCAGCUGCAAUCACAUUAAGAACCAAUUAGUCAGUCGCAUCUGUCCCAAGGGCUGGAGUCUGGAUGUCAGCAUAAACUGUUACUAUGUCUCCACCGGAAUAAAGAACUGGAGUGACAGCCGUGAGGACUGCAGGAAGAAGGGAGCGGAUCUGGUGAUCAUCAGAAGCCCACAGGAACAGGCAUUUAUUGAAAAUUUGAAAGGGAGCUUCUGGAUUGGUUUGAUUAAAAAUGAAGAAGGCGGAACAUGGAAAUGGGUCGAUGGAAAAGCAGCCUCUACAAAUAAUGGAUACUGGAAUCCUGGGCAGCCAGACAACCACCAAGGGAUUGAGAAAUGCGUGGAAUCCAAUAGAUUCCAUCUUCCGACACAUCAGAAGGGAUGGAAUGACCUUCCUUGCCAGAACAAAAUGCCCUGGAUCUGUCAGAAACAGCCCAGUGGUUUCCAAAACUAAUUCUCCAGUCUCAUACUCAUCCUGUUAAUAGGAAUCCAGUAAUAAAUGUGGAUGUGUAUUUAUAUACAGCAUGAAUACUUGGAAUGCCAUAUUUUGGCCCUUACUGUGUGGCAAAUUGUUGUGAAAUUGUUCUGUCCUUUUUAGGUUUUCCGUAUGUGAUGAGUCGUACAGCUGCAUGUACAAAUAACAGACGGUACUGAAAGUAACAUCAUCUGACAUAUGAGUUGCAACAUUGUCAGCUGAGAAAAUACUGUGAAACACAUUUUAUCUCCAUUGGCAUUAAAAUACUAAUAUUAAUUAUUGUUUUUAGGUUUACUUGUAUAAAUGGUAUGAAGCUAUGGAAUUGUUGUCAAACCUGUUUAACUACAACAGAAAAUGAAAAUUUACCUACAGGGGAUAAAUCGUUUCAAAACUUU